CACAAGGCCAGUUCGUUAGUGGGCCAGUGACAGCUAUAAUGGUGGAUGUUUGUUAAAGUUUUAAAUAGAACUCUAAGCCUGUAUUUAAACGUAAAAUGUCUAAUUUCCAUAAAGUCGAAGUAAAUAAAACUGUAUGGGAGGUGCCGAGUAGAUACCAAUCGCUCACUACAGUGGGUUCAGGUGCAUACGGCCAAGUUUGUUCAGCACUAGACACACUAACAAAUAAAAAAGUAGCAAUAAAGAAAUUAGCCCGUCCUUUUCAAACAGCUGUUCAUGCCAAGAGAACUUAUAGGGAGUUAAAGCUGCUAAAACAUAUGAGACACGAAAAUGUGAUAGGACUCUUAAAUGUAUUUUAUCCCAAAGAGGACAAUAGCCAGAUAUAUUUAGUUACUCAUUUGAUGGGUGCUGAUUUAAAUAAUAUAAUCAGAACACAAAAAUUAACAGAUGACCAUGUGCAAUUUUUAGUUUAUCAGAUACUGAGAGGUUUGAAGUACAUACAUUCAGCAGGAGUAAUACAUCGAGACUUAAAACCAUCGAAUAUAGCUGUAAAUGAAGACUGUGAAUUAAAAAUUUUGGAUUUUGGUUUAGCUAGGCCUACCGAAACUGAAAUGACGGGAUAUGUGGCAACUAGGUGGUAUAGAGCACCAGAAAUUAUGCUUAACUGGAUGCACUACAACCAGACAGUAGAUAUUUGGUCAGUGGGGUGUAUUAUGGCAGAAUUAUUAACAGGGAAAACUUUGUUUCCUGGUACAGAUCACAUUCAUCAACUCAAUUUAAUAAUGGAAGUUCUAGGAACGCCACCUGAGGACUUCAUGCAGAAAAUUACAUCUGAAAGUGCUAGAAAUUAUAUGCGUUCUUUACCUCCUAUGCCUAAAAAAGACUUACAAAGAUAUAUAUCUGGUGCUAACCCUUUAGCUAUAGAUUUACUGGGACUAAUGUUGGAGCUUGAUAGUGAGAAACGAAUAACUGCAGAACAAGCUCUAGCACAUGCUUACCUCACAGCUUAUGCAGACCCCAAUGACGAGCCUAUUUCAGCCCCUUAUGAUCAAAGUAUUGAAGAUAUGAAUUUGCCAGUUGAGAAAUGGAGGGAGUUAGUACUUCAAGAGGUGGAUUCUUUUGUUUAUAUCCCUCCACAGAAUGAUGAAUGAAAAGAUGGAUCUAAGUAAUAAGAGUGUUCAAAUGCAGUAUAUUGUAUAAAUAUAUUUACAUUAAUUUUUAAUUAUAUUUGAUUUAAUUGGAUUUAGUAUAGAAAUAGUUAUUAAAUACAUUUUUUAUUUAUAAAUGGAACAUAAAAUAUUAAUUUUUUAUUUAAUAUCUGAUUUAAUGUAUUUUUGAAUUCAGUUGAAUAAUCCUUUAUAAUAAAUAAAUAAAUUUACAA